AUGGCUUUCCUCAAUUCUGUAGAUGACCUUUACCCAUGGUCAUUUGUAACAGUUGUUCUUCUAUCUAUUCACAAUUUUCGAAAAGCUUCACUUCAACUCUCUGGUGCACUUGCUGCUUUAUUGAUAGGUUAUACAACUUUAGCCAAUCCGAAUCCAAUCUUCGGUAUUAGUUUAAUUUCAUUUUUUUUAAUUGGAAACAAAGCAACAAAAUAUAAACAAUCUAUAAAAUUAACUUUAGUUGAUGACGAACAUGGUAAAACAAACGAUGAAACAAUCAAAAGAUUAUCUGUCACUGGUGGUAGGGAUUGGAAACAAGUGAUCUGUAAUGCAUGGGUUGGAACUAUGUGUGCUAUUGGUCAUAGAUUUUUUAUCGAUCCUAUGAUUAAAGAUUUCAAUACUUUCAAUUCGAUUCAAUUCCACGAGCGUACUGGUUCGGAACUAUCUAAUAUCCUGAUUUGGGGUGCGCUGGCAUUUUGGUCAGGUUGUAGCGGUGAUACACUCGGUCUCCUGUCCCGCGCGCCUCCAAGGCUUAUUACCAACUUGAAAGAGGUCCCACCUGGAACCAAUGGAGGUGUGAGCUUAGUCGGGCUAGGCUUCUCGGCUUUGGGUGGCAUCUUCAUCGGGAUGGCUGUCUCUCUGAGAUGCAUGUUCGAUACGAACCUCCAACCACUACCAUCGGGAAUGAGCAUGCUCAUGAUGCAAACUGGAUUUUUUGGCCUUUUUUGCUCAGUGGUUGACUCUUUUCUAGGAGCAACUCUUCAACAGACAUUGUACUCCAAAAUCGAUAAAAAGGUUGUUCUCCCUGGCACCAAACUUGGUGGCCCAAAGGAAGUAGUAGUAGUAUCUGGCAUUGACGUUCUGAGCAAUAACCAGGGUGAUAUGAUACAACGGCUCUCCAAAUAA